AUGUUGGACGACGCAGAAGUUGUUAUAUACAGGCAUUACUGCCCCCCAGGGGUGAGGAAGGUCAUCGCCUCGGGGAGCAGUGCGUUCAUUGGAGAAGUGGAUGAUUUGACGGUCAUGAAAUAUCCUCUCGCCCCUGGCGGAGACAUGAGUCGUCUCGAAAUCGAGAAAAAGCUUUUCGAAAUUGUCGGGUCCCAUGAACGCAUAAUAGGAUUCAGGGGCUUCUCCGAUAAGGGGCUCUACCUCGAGCGAGCUGUAAACGGAACCUUAGGCUACUAUCUCCUCGAAUCAGACAACGCCCCCCCUUCGAUCCAGCAGCAGUUAUCCUGGUGUCGAGAGGCUACCGAGGCAGUUGCAUGGAUCCAUGCUCAGGGCGUCAUUCACUGUGAUAUCCAGCCUGGAAAUAUUCUCCUCGAUGAGGAUCUUCAUAUCAAGCUGUCGGAUUUCCAAGGGAAACAACUAUCGAGCGAUGGAACAGUACUGCUUGAUGGCGGAAGCGGGGAGCCCGUCAGAUUCUACUGCCCUCGGGCCGAUCCUUUUGAUGCGGAUGUCAAAACAGAUCUCUUUGCGCUGGGUUGUACUAUCUACUUGAUCAUGAUGGGGUACUCGGUCUUUCCUGACAUUGUCGAUGGGGAAGAUGGGUGGUAUGAGCAGGUCCGAGAGAGGUUUGAAAAGCAGCAGUUCCCACAGGAUUCGCAUGCGUGCAGUGCUAUUACUUCGAAGUGCUGGUUGAAGGAAUACGAAUCCGCGGAGGAACUGCUCCGAGAUAUUGAGAUCGUCGAGAAGGGUCUUAGAACUGGUCCGGCUACAUAA